GCAGAGGCGUGGCUUCGCCCCUCCAACCUUUACUACUCUCUCACCUGUCUGUUUACACUCACACACUGUGUACAAAUCUGACUCGUUGAAGUGGACGUUUGAGUCAUGGACUCUCCACCGAGGGACUCUCCGGUUCGACCGGGCUUCCAGAGAGUGGAGAUCCAGAAGACGACGUGGGAGGUCCCGCAAAGAUACAUAGCUCUGCGGGCAGUUGGAUCUGGUGCCUACGGCACAGUUUGCUCUGCCAUAGACCAGAGGACCAAGGAGAAGGUGGCCAUUAAGAAGCUGUAUCGUCCUUUCCAGUCUCUCAUCCACACCAAAAGAGCUUACCGGGAACUCAGACUGCUUCGCCACAUUGAGCAUGAAAAUGUCAUAUCCCUCCUCGAUGUAUUCACACCUGAUUCCUCCGUGGAGAAAUUCCAAACCUUUUAUAUGGUGAUGCCAUUUGUAGCGCAGGAUCUGGGCCACAUCAUGAAGAAGCGGAGAUUAACUGUUCGCAUUAUCACGUACCUGUUCUACCAGCUUCUAAGAGGACUUAAGUACAUUCAUUCUGCUGGCAUCAUCCACCGGGACCUAAAACCUGGUAACCUGGCUGUGAACGAGAACUGUGAACUAAAGAUCUUGGACUUCGGCCUUGCGAGGCACACAGAGACUGAGAUGACUGGUUAUGUGGUGACCCGCUGGUACCGAGCUCCAGAGGUCAUAUUCAACUGGAUGCACUACAGUCAGACAGUGGAUGUGUGGUCAGCUGCAUGUAUCCUGGCCGAGAUGAUCACCGGCCAGGUUCUCUUUCCUGGACAUGACAGUAUUGAUCAACUGAAAAAGAUCCUCCGCCUGACUGGAACUCCUGACCAUGCCUUGGUGCAGAAGAUGCAGAGUAAAGAUGCACAGUCAUAUGUUCAAGGUCUCCCUGCGCAAAAGAAGAAAAACUUCAAAGACGUGUUUCCGUCCAUGGAGGAAAAAGCUGUGUCGCUAUUGGAGGCCAUGUUGAUGCUGGAUCCGGACACAAGGCUGACAGCCACACAAGGACUCUCGCACCCCUUCUUAGCAGAAUACCAUGACCCGGAGAGCGAGCCCGACUCGCAGCCUUAUGACGACUCCUUUGAGAGUCUAGAGCUCGCCAUUGGGGAGUGGAAGAGUCUCAUCCAUAUGGAGAUCAUGACUUUUGACCCAGAUGACCCCAGUCGGACAGCCAUUUAGGGAGAUGCAUCGGUACCAAAUUUGCAUUUAAUAUUGAAUCGCCCCUUAAACAUUCUUGUCAUCAGAUAAAAGCUAAAU